AUGAUAGAACUGGGCUUAGCACGGAUAAGCAGUCUGCUUAGACAUACUCCUCAGCCAUGGAAAGCUAUCCACGUCGCUGGAACAAAUGGCAAAGGAUCCAUAUGUGCUUACUUAUCCGCUAUGCUUCAUGCAAGUGGCGUGCGCUGUGGUCGAUUCACAUCGCCUCAUCUGAUCGACCGCUGGGAUUGCGUGACCAUCAACGAGAAAGCGGUUCAGGAAUCAGUAUUCAAAGAGGCAGAAAAUUUGGUACUGAAGAGAAAUCAAAUAGAAAGCAUUGGGGCAUCAGAGUUUGAGCUUCUCACAGCUACAGCCUUCGAGGUCUUUGCGAAGGAAAAGAUCGAGAUGGGUGUGAUAGAAGUAGGACUAGGCGGCCGACUCGACGCAACCAAUGCGAUGGAGAAGAAGGCUGUGACUGUCAUAUCGAAGAUCGGUUUAGAUCAUCAAUCGUUUCUCGGAAACACGAUUGAAGAAAUUGCUCGAGAGAAAGCCGGCAUCAUGAGGCCAGGAGUUCCUUGUGUCAUGGACAGCACAAAUCCACCCUCUGUACAAAAAGUCGUGCAGGAUUACGCAAAAGAGAUCGGAACAGAUGUAGUUCUCAGCUCGACUGAAUCUUCGUUUCUAGACGACUUGUCCCAAGAUGACUAUGAACCUCAUCAAUGGCAAAACCUUGCUUGUGCAUACACCGCCUUUCAUCUGGCAUACACCAAGCUAGAGUCUCCUUUGCAUCGACUUCUGCCAGCCAUACAGAAUAUAAACUGGCCUGGUCGUCUACAAACGAUCGACAUUAGAAGUCUCACAGGACGAAGUGGAACCACUUUACUGGAUGGUGCGCACAAUGUCCAAUCAGCCGAAGUCCUUGCUUCAUAUGUAGACGGCAAACUUCGAGGAGAUAAACAGAAGGUGACAUGGGUUCUCGCAGCUUCGCAGGGAAAGGAAUUGGAGGGAAUUUUGAAGCCUCUGUUGAAACAGCAAGACUGCGUUGCGGCAGUCCAAUUUGGUCCUGUUGACGGAAUGCCGUGGGUUCAAGCACUGCCUGCUCAUGAGAUUAUUGAAGCUGCUUUUGAGCUCGGGGUGAAAUCUGGUCAAAUGUAUGAUGCUAGUGACGAUUUGUCAGCAGCAUUGCGUUGGGCUGCUACAGUCGCUGGACCAGGCCCUGUCGUUGUAGCUGGUAGUCUUUACCUGGUUUCUGAUCUGCUCCGGCUUCUGCGAAACGCGAAGGAAGUGAAGACUCGGCCGUCAAAUUAA